AUGCCUCCACUACCAAAGGACAGGGUCAUAAAGUCCAGACCAUUUCAAAAUGUCGGAUGUGACUUCAUGGGUCCUUUCACUUCAAAAACUCUCGAGAAAAUGUACGUGUGUUUAUACACAUGCCUUACAACUCGAGCAGUACACUUAGAAGUGGUAGAAAAUCUUUCGGCAGGAGCAUUCCUCAAUUGUUUCGUGAGAUUCGUCUCGCGCAGAGGAGUUCCAGAGAUUGUCCGCUCAGAUUGCGGAACCAACUUCAAGCUUGGUGAAGUCAUUAUCACAAAGAUGUUCUGCGACCUCAACGAGAAUGGUCGAUCUCUUAUGUCAUAUUGUGCAUCCCAACAAAUAAACUGGAUCUUCAAUCCUCCUGGAUCCCCCUGGGUGGGUGGUGCAUGGGAACGACUAGUCGGUUUAACCAAGAAAGCGUUUAAUAAAUCAAUAGGGCGCAAACGCUUGAGUUUUGCAGACAUGUGCACCGUGAUCACUCGAAUUGAGGCGAUUCUAAACACAAGACCUCUCACGAAACUGAACUCCAGUGAUAUUGCAGAGAUACCAUUGAGGCCCAUUGAUUUUUUGAAGGGAAAUUUCAAUUACUCGCUUCCAAGCACAGGCGACAAAGCUGAACCUGUGCCUCCUCUGCCUAAAAGCGGCACACGAGGACACAUGUGGAGUGAAGUGUGGAAGUUGUGGCCUUGGCCACAAUUUUCUGCUUUGCUCCUCCAAAAGACCGCAGCCACCCACGAAGCGGCCAUACAAGAAGUAAGCACUCUCGCCAACCGUCAACGCCGUCAUCGUCAUCAACAAGCCACAAGCCGUCAUCACUGCACCUGCACCAAGCCGAAUUCUCAAGACACCAUCAGCAAUCCACUAACCCAACGUCAGCCCGCCACCCACGCCACUCCAUAA